AUGAUGGCUCCUGACAGUGGUGACGGUGUUACCUCAUGCGCUUGUAAAGGCAUUCGCCGGUGUCUCAUAUGUGAAAAGUUAAAGGGAAAAGGACGAUUGGAGGCGAAUGGUGCAGAGAUUGUGCAUCAUUUCCUAUACGAUCCUGAGACGAGGCUUGCCAUUCGCAAAGAUGACAAGGCUGUGUCCUUCCCUUUUCCUGGUGUCUUCCUGUGGGAGGACUUCAUAUCAGAAGAGGAGGAGAAAAAGCUGACAUCCACAAUGGACCAGGAUGUGUGGAAUGAGUCCCAGUCUGGUCGAAGGAAACAGGACUUUGGCCCAAAAGUUAACUUCAAGAAAAGGAAAGUGCGCAUAGGUGGCUUCAGUGGACUCCCUGCUUUGAGCCAAAAGCUAGUUCUCCGAAUGCAGCAAGAGCCAAGUCUAGCAGGCUUUCAACCAGUGGAGCAGUGCAAUCUGGAUUACCAUCCUGAGCGAGGAUCCGCCAUCGAUCCACACCUAGACGACUCCUGGCUGUGGGGGGAACGCCUGGUCACCAUCAACAUGUUAUCAAACACUACACUCACUUUGUCCCUCGAACAGGGUCUACCGGAGUUGGGACUAGCAGAGGAAGUCCACAUAGCUGUGCAUCUUCCUCGCAGAUCUUUAUUGGUGUUACACGGUGAGGCACGGCAUAAAUGGAAACAUGCCAUUCAUAGGGAGGAUGUUCAUGAGCGCAGAGUUUGCAGCACCUACAGAGAGCUGUCUGCAGAGUUCCUAACUGGAGGGCAGCAGGCAGAGCUGGGAGCUCAGCUGCUGAACAUUGCUUUGAGCUUCCAAGGAACUCCAAUAUAGGCCUAUCCGAAGAGGAAGGCUGUACUACCAGACGUGAGGGUCCAGACUCCUUGAACGUGUUUUAAACUUUGACAUUUGGCUAAGAAGAAAAGGGCCACAAUUCUUGGCUGCAUGUUGGUGUAGCCUUUGAAAUGCAACAGCCCUUUUGUAUUUUGUUGCUUUGAAUUGCUAACUCUAAAAGAAGUGGACACUGAAAUGGGAUACACAUUUGGUCCUGUGGCUAUUUGACUCACAACUAUCUGUCUGACAAAACCCUAAAGCAUUUUAAGGGCUUUGUUACACAUGUCAACGGCGGUAUGAACAGUUGUUGAAUGUUUAAACCGGACUAAGGAGAGCUGUUGUUCACCAGAUUUGGAAAAUAUUACCAUAGUAGGCACAGCUAAUCAAGAAACAGACGAGUGACCGAUAAAAUACAAAAACAACAUGUUUUUUAGUAAGGUGUAAUCACGAACAAUGAUCCUUCAGUUAGAUUCUCUAAGUCUUUGGAUCUUUAUUAGAAAGAAAAGGGUGAACAACAUAUUUUUAAAAUCCCAAGAGAUUUUAAUGAAUUGUUUUCUUUGUGCAAGACUCUCUACAUCCUCUAUAAGAAGAUUAAGUGAUGACAUCCAUCCACCAAUGUGUCCCUGAGCAAGACACUUAACCCCUAGUUGCUCCAGAGGUGUGCGACCUCUGACAUAUAUGGCAAUUGUAAGUUGCUUUUGAUAAAAUAAUAAGUGUGUAAAUGUAAAUUAUAUAAAUGUAGUUAUUACAUGCCAGAGUUUCUGACCCACUGUCCUUAACAAAUGCAGUUAUCUUUGUUAGUAGCAUGAAUUUGCACUUGAUACCACCAACAAAAGAAAUAUCAAAGAUUUAUUAUUGAUACAAUAAAAAAUGCUACCAGAAUAAACUGGUUACCUUAUACUUAUAAACACAUUUACAAUAUGUGUCAAUUUAAACAAAAACUCUCCAAACCACAAAAAUGAAUAAAAAGAUCUGUCACCUGAAGUAAUCCUGUGUAGCAUUUUCCUUGAUUGUCCUAACUGCUUUUCUUUCAUUUUUAAAGGUUGCCAGUCAGUUCCUCAAUUUUUGGAUGUAUAGGGUGAAAAACAUAUGCAGGGGGCUUGUAGACUCAGCCCUAGUUUCUGUUCUAUGACUUCUAAUUAAAAAGAAAAACUUUUCCUGCCA